GUAUUUGUAAAAGUGCCUUUUUCCCCUGCAAAUUUAGUUAUUUGGAAACAGUCAGUCAGAACUUAUAGAGAAAAUCCUGAUAAAAUGGCACGAGUAGUAAAAAUGGUUAUAAAAACUCAAAAUCCUGACUGGGACGACAUACAAAUGGUAUCAGAUACUUUGAUGGAUUCUACUGAGAAAGAGAUGGUACUUAAGGCAGCCAAAGAGAGAGCAAGAGAGGAUAUCAGAAAUGGGCUAGUAACAGGGAAUUUAGAUGCGAAUUUCCCAAUUGAGGAUCCAAAUUGGGACCCUAAUUUAUUUUGCGAUAUAUUAGGGAAAUUAGGGAAAUAUCAAGAGUGGAUCCAAACAGGAGUUCAGAACGCUGUGCCCAAAACUAUAAAUUGGUCCAAACUAUAUGAGGUUCGACAGGAAAAGAAGGAAUCUCCCACCGUGUUUUUGGAGAGGCUUAAGGAGAUAGCAAGGAAAUAUACAGAUCUCCAAAUAAACACAGAACAAGCAAAGGUUCAGCUUGCUCUCAUAUUCUUGGGCCAAUCACAGGACAACAUUUGUAGAAAAUUGCAAAAAUUAGAAGGGGAAGAACAAAGGAAUUUGGAUAAGCUACUUGAGGUUGCUUGGAAGGUAUAUAACAAUCGUGAAAAAGAAGCUAGUAAAACGCAGCAGCAGAAUCUAUUGGCAGUAAUACAAGGAGAAGGGAACCCAAAUUUCAGGGGACAUAACAGGAAUAUUCGAGGAAGGAGACCAGUCACGCAAAGGUUAAGCUUGAAUCAAUGUGCAUAUUGCAAGCAGGAGGGCCAUUGAAAGCAAAACUGUCCAGACUUGAAUAACUGGUUUCACCAGGACAAUCAGUUCCAAUAGGUUACCAAGGAGAUGGUCCUGGGGGAGUAUACCAGCUGACUAGACAUAGAACCAGUAAAACAAGUUAAGGAACCUGUUGUAAAUAUACAGUUAGGGCAUAAAGAGGUCAGAUUUCUAAUAGAUAUGCGAGCUACUUUUUCUGUAUUGAAUGAUUUGCAAGGACAAACUGGGGACAAGGAAACAAUAGUCAGAGGUACAGGGAAAGAGGAAAAAUGGCCAUUCUUGCAACCCCUAGAUUUUGUGUUUUGGAAACAAGGUUAUAACACACGAAUUCCUAUACGUAUCUAUUACAGCGACCUGAUGAGGGUCUUCAGGGUGAGAGAGAGACGAGAAUCUUGGUUCAUGAUCAGAAGGCUGGAUUUAUUGAUAUAUGAUACAUAAUGCAUUACGACUAUGCUAAAAGGAAUGGAGAGACAAGUUGCAGAGGCUUGCUAAGCUAAGAAUAGAAUGGAAUCUAAAAACAAGAGAGUUCUCUGUCACUGUGUUCCAGAGAGCUUGCCCUGUGAUUGGCCCUUAAUUGUAACAUAGAACAUGAGCCAACCACAGGGGCAACCUGCUACAUUUCACAGCAGCCAAUAACAAUUAUUUACAUUCUUCUCCUGGGGCCUCAGCUUCCCAGAAGAUGAACAAAUCCCAAAGAAAGGAUUUCUGUGAAAAAAUGUCUGACAUCUGACCUUUCCAAAUUAUAUAAAUUAAAAGAAAAAUGCUGAUGUGAAAUGAACAGGAAAUUUCUUCACCUGUAAAAUAUACAAUACUAACAAAUCACUAAAACAAUCCUACAAUCUAAGAAAAUGCAAAAAACAAUGCAAAGAAAAUUCAAGUCCAAGCAGCUGAGUUUCAGGAACAAUCCAUGAGCUGAAGUUGUUCCUUUUGGACAUAUCUGAGAGUCCUUUUUGGUCCUGAAACAGACUUGCUGCAAAAAGUCCAUCAAUAGUUAUCAAAAGCUAUUGACAGUCUUACAACAAUUUCAAACAAUUUCAAACAAUUUGAACAAUUUUUGGAAUGUCCUUUUCUGGCCCUUCAAUUGCUUCACUGCUUCAGAGCUGCUGCCUGCUAUUUUCAAUCUUUUUUAUUUAAUUUAAAUUUUUUUUGUUUUUGAUUGAAAAGAGCAGCAGCAGAGCAGAGCAGUGCCAGAAAAGGAAAGGCCCUGGGGACCCUGGCCCAUGAUGGACCAGGAAUCCCCAAAACUGGCCCACAAAGUGGGGCCAGGACCAGUAGGAGAAACCACAACCCCCAGAAGCAUCAGGAGGCCAAGUGAUGGCCCUGGCCCAAACCCAUGAUACAGGCUCUGCAUUCCCACAGGCCUGCACCCCACUGCCAGUACAAUGGCAGCACGGGUGGUGACACACUUCCUUUCCCCAAAACCACUGAGGCAUGCCAGCAGCAGGGAAAUAGAGGCCUUCCCCAGAAAUCCCAUCUGGGGUCUGGAGGUGUUUGUUUCCCACAGCAAACCAGCCAUGGUCUCCUCCAUCUUUGCCCUCUCCCUCUGCAAUACAAAUGCAUCAGGUGUAUCUCCCAUCUGCCCCAUGGCAUCAUGCCCACUGGGCUGGGGACCAAAGGCAGAGCUUUCGGGACCCACCUGCCCCCCGCCGCUAGGGCGCAAGAGAGGCGGCAGAGAUGACAGCCUCCAUGCGACAAUCCCCGAAAAACCACCCCCCAACCCGCUGAGAAUGCUGAUCUUGAAAGCAGGCAGGCGAGCUGCCCCCACAGUCAGCUGGCGAGCACUCCCCGCUGCACGGAAGGAGACACCAGCUGCCGGAGCCACUGCUACAGAAUCAACGGGUCCGGGAUGGUCCGAGCUCAAACAAACAGCCAUUUCCAGGGCAGUCUCUGACGCCGACACGGAGGACAGAGUCUCCGACAGUGGCAGAACUGCUGGGGCAGCCGGUGCAAGCGGUGGGGGGGCUGGAGCCGGGGAGGAAAUCACGCUGUGUGUAGGAGCAGCCGCGGGCUGCUCCGAGAGUCCUGCAGGUUCAGCGCCGUCUCAGCACCAUCCUGAACAGGGACCGUCUCAGCUUGAGGCGGCGGGAAGGCCGGUGAAAGCGGUGGGGGGGGCCAAAGGGGCUGGAGAGAACUCCUCCUCUGCUGAGCCGGAAGCUGGAGACGCGUUGUUGUCGCCUAGCAACAGUGACUCAGCAGGCACAGGAAGCGCUGUUUCUGCGUUCUCAGAUGCAGGCGGGGAAGCCGGUGAAGCCGCGGGCGGGACUGCCUGGAGAGGCGGAGACGGGAUCGCCCGGAGAGGCGGCCGCGCCGGCGGGGCGGGCCGCAGGGCCUGGCAAGCGGGGGAGCCGCGGGGACCGGUGCCACCCCCAUCUCUGAGCGGGGCGGGGUCCGAGAGGCCGACUGUGGCAGGCCCGUCCACUCCCCUUCCCCCGUGCAUGUCCCGGAGAAAGAGUGAAAAAAACUUCUUCGCGUGGCGAAGUUUCACCCCCACCCCCCGCCGGGAAGCAGGGGGGGCUGGAAAGCAGAAUGUCGUCCCCCACUGGGUCUUCUCCCGCUGGGGAUGGGGGAAAAGGAGCCAGCCCAUAGCAGUUACAAAUCCAGGGAAAAACAGCUGCUUUCCGUUUCAAAACUGGGAAGAGCUUUCUAAAUGCUGGGUAGACAGGAGGGAAGUCGCAACCCUGACCCCAAACGAAUCAGAAAAUAAGAGUCCAUGCAUUCCCACACGAAAACAUCCAAGGCGUAUAGGACAUCAGUAAAGAAUCCAAAAAGCUUUGCCCAUUGAAAAAACUCAUAGAAAUCUGUUUUUGACAAAAAAAAAUCCGUCCUCUCUAUACCAUUUUUGCCAGAGGGCAAUAAGUUUUUCCUCUGAAGGAGAAAAAAGAACCUCUUCCUCCAAGGGGCGUGUCCCCCAUAUGAACAACCACAAACUACGAAUCCUCAGGGAUAGAAAAGCCAACAGUAUCUUUUGAAGCAGUCCAGCAAGCUCUGGCUCAUUCCACGGUUCUGCUGCUCUUUCUGAACAUCUUUCCUGAAGGUUUUCCAGAAGAAGGUCCACUUGUGGUCCGCCUUGGCUGUGAGCUCUGUCCAAAUCGGGAUCUUCAGUUCUUCAGCUCCUGGCUUGAAUCCACUUCUGUGGUCACUACAAAGCAACCAUCACAUGCUACACAUACAGGAUUUUACCCAGUGCAGAAAUUUGCUCGUCUAGUCUUAUCAAAUUAAUUUUUGCUCUGACACGAGGGGUCACCAGAUAUUACAGCGACCUGAUAAGGUCUCCAUGGUGAGAGAAGGAUGAGAAUCUUAGUUGAUGAUCAGAAGCCUGGAUUAAUUGAUAUAUGAUAUAUAAUACAUUAUAACUAUACUAAAAAGAAUAAGGAGAGAAGUUGCAGAGGCUGCUAACCUAAGAAUAGAAUAGAAAAGAUGAACAACAAAGUUCUGUGUCCAGGGAAUCCGUCCCCGAGCCUGGUCCCCAACUACAAGCACGGAACAUGAACCAAUCACAGAGGCACCCACUACACCCCACAGCAGCCGACAGCAACUGUCCACAUUCUUCCUCUGGGGCUCCAGACCCCCAGAAGACGAACAAAUCCCACAAAAGGACCUCUAUGAAAAAAUGUCUGCAACACUUCUGGACAUCUGCGGCCUUCUCACCUGUGAGGGCAGAGGCGAAGAUAGCACUGGAGAAGGUGUCCACCGAGACGUGGACAUAACACAAUCUACCGAAAGACGAGACUGCGUUACGUCCAUCUGCCACACCUCGCAGCUCACCAAACCUUGGGGAUUUGUCCCCGAGGAAAUGGUAGGCAUUUGAUCUUUUUGGCACUGGGGACAUGUGGCCACGAUCGCCUUAGCCUGUUCCUGGGUCAGGUGGAAUUGCCGGACCAGGCCAGGCGCGUUCUGGUGAAAAAGCUGGCUGAUCUUAGCCUGGCCGAACACGUCUGGGAGUGGGCCCACCGUGGCUGCAGCCGCGGCCAAAGAAUCGGCCUGACGGUUGCCCUCAGCGAUGAAUCCUGGCAGGUCAGUGUGUGACCUCAAGUGCAUAGAAAGGAUGCUCGCGGUGGGAGACCAAAUCAACGAGCCUUGUAAGUAAAUUAAAUAAUUUCUGAUUGGAGACCUCCUGCAGAACUGCUGAUUCUGCUCUGGACACUACACUGGCCACAUACGCAGAAUCUGUAACCAGAUUGAAAGGUCCUGGGAACCUCUGAAAUGCCCUGACGACUGCGUCCAACUCAGCGAUUUGUGGAGAACCCUCUACAACAGCAACUUCUGUCUCCCACCGCUGAGUCUGAGGAUCCUUCCAAGUCAUGACUGACUUGUGGGAUGCUCCAGACGCAUCUGUAAAAACAGUCACGGCAUCAAGAGGAAUCUUGCUUUGGACCUUCUUUAAGGAUAAUUUAAACUCCGAAUUGAAUAAUUUGUGGGCCGGCCAAUUAACUGCAAUACGCCCAGUGUAGCCGUCCAACGCAAACUAAAGGUUCUCAUUAGUUUGCAGCAGUUCAUUGAAGAUCUUCAUUUUUAGGUGGCCCAACUCCAAUUCAAGUGGUAUGUGUAUGCACUCAAAGUCACAUCCUGCCAGCUCCCUGAUCCGUGAUCUCGCCUUGCGGAUCAGUUUGGCAACCAGCUCCAGUGGCCUUGUCAUUCUUUUGGACCGGUGGUGACUCAGAAAGACCCACUCUAUGAUUAAGAGUUUGUCUCCCAAGCCUUGGUCUGUUGGGGAGGAUGAAACAAGAAAGCCUUUUAAAUAUGACUGCCUGGCAGAAGAUUUUGAGACUAUAGAAACUAUAUGUGAGAUUGAAAUGAAAGCAACCUUUGAGAUACCUUAGUUGUGACCAGUUGAAUGUAAUCCCCCCUGGAGGAAACAAUUCCCUCUGCAAGCAGGCAGGCCUAAGAGUCAGAGCAGGCUUUGCAGCUUGGCAGAUGGGGCCCAAAGAAUAAGAUUUAGGGUUUAACAUGUAAACACAGUAUGGUAAUGUAGUGAUUCUUAUAGGUUGUGUGGAAAUGUUAUAAGAUAUGCAUGCUGUAGUAGAUUGGUUAAUGAGAACCUGCAUAUUCACCACUGAAGAUGAUUUACUGUGUUGUAACGGGAGCUUCGCUCUUUUUUUGCUCUCUCUUUUUCCUCUCUUUUCGCUUGCUCUCCGCGCUCUCUUAUCUCUUGUCUCCCUUAUCUCUUUGCCCGCUCUCGCGCUCUUCUUCGUGCCCUUUUCUCUCUUUGUCUCUUUGUCUUCCCUCUGCACUUCUUCACCCCUCCUUUCUACAUGCUCUCCACUCUUAAACCUUUGCCGUUGACUCUCUUACACUUUAAGCCUCUCCUCUCUGGGCCCUGCUUUGAGCUGCGGCUGGUAGCUCGCAACAGGGCCCUUCACCCAUGCCCUUUGUAAUAAUCCAAUAGUUUCAUGACUUGGCUUCAAAGAGAUCUCAUCACCAUCCGUCCCUACCGUGCGUGACCCCCAUCACCUACGUUGGUCCUUCAGGGUCUUGUCCCACUGGUGGAUUAUGCCAUGGAGGUGCGGCAACUUUCCCAGUAUAAUAAAUUUGAACGGCAGGCCCGGAUGGUAGCAGUGGGCCUGCCUGGCCGAAAUAGCUUUUUGAAUUUUCUCCAAUGCUACCUGAGCCUCCGGGGUGAGAGCCCUAGGGGAACUAAGCCCCUCUCCCCCUUUCAGUAAAUUGAAAAGGGGGGCCAGGUCUUUGGUGGGAAUGCCCAGCCAGGGUCUCACCCAAUUUAAAGACCCACACAGUUGAUGGACACCCGCUAGGGUCUGGACUUCAGUCCAUAUUGCCAAUUUUUGCGGCACAAUGGUCCGCUUGGAAAUCUCAAGAUCCAGAUACCUCCAAGGUGGCAUCCUUUGAAUUUUGUCUUGCUGGAGCUUGAACCCUGCAGCAACCAACGCAUUGGUAGUCAGGUCAAGCACAUGGGCAAGUAGAUCAUUGUCGGGUGCACACACGAGGAUGUCGUCCAUAUAAUGAUGGAUGAUGACGGCAUCCCUGAGGGCUGUAUGUACUGGGGACAGCAGAGAAGUGACAUACCACUGGCAGAUCACAGGCGAGUUCUUCAUUCCUUGUGGAAGGACCCACCAGUGGUAGCGCUUGUCUGGGGCCUCACGGUUAAUGGCGGGAACCGUGAACACGAAACGCGGGGCAUCAUGAGGGUGCAGAGGAAUUUGAAAGAAACAAUCUUUGAUUUAUACAAUGGCCAAAUUCCAAUUUUGGGGGAGCAUUGCUGGGGAGGGCAUCCCUGGUUGGAGAGACCCCAUAUCUACAAUUCUUUCAUUAAUUUGGCGGAGGUCGGUCAGGAGCCGCCACUUGUCCUUAUUGUGCUUCUUAAUGACAAAUACUGGGGAGUUCCACGGUGACAUGGUCUCCUUGAUAUUGCCCUUAAGCAACUGCUCCUGAACGAGCUCAUUGAGCGCCUUUAAUUUUUGUUUAUUAAGUGGCCACUGCAAGACCCGUACUGGUUUAUCUGACCGCCAUUCCAGCUUCCAGUUCAGGCGCUCCUCAGUGGCCACUGCCCAAAAAACCUGGGGAGCCUUUGGUAGGUCAAUUUUGGCUCCCCACUGGGCUAAAAGGUCUCUCCCCCAGAGAGGCUCGGUGUAGUCCAAUAUGAACAGGCGUACAGAAGCCAAUUGCCCAUCUGGUCCCAUAAUUUGCACAAUGCUCUUGGACUGCUUUGCCAAUUGGAGCCCUCCUACACCUUGAAUCGUUCCUGCCGCGUUUUGCAGGCCCCAACGUUGAGAGGGAAUGAUCGUCACAUCCGCCCCCGUGUCCAAAAGACCCCUUACGAUCUUACGAUCCCCGCCCAACGAGAGCUGACGUGUUAGGCAGGGUUUCUCCCUCCCCACUACUUGUACCCAGACCACUGUAGGAGGUGAUGUGUCCUUAGAUGUUUCCGUCCAGUGUGUCUUCACCGGCACUGGGAUGGCCUGGACGAUGAUCUGACCCUUAGGGAGGAAGAGUGGGGGUCGGACACAGUACAGCCCUACCGCGAAACUGUCCCGGUCCGUAGUGACCAACCCCAGGACAAUGUAAAGGUCUCGCGGCGUGUGCUUUGUGUCUCCGACAAUGGUCUACCUGCAACGUCCUAACUUCCUCCAGCAACUGGGAUGUUGAAGGUCGGGAGACACCAGCUGAAAGUCACUGUUAGGGAGAUGAACUUCCCUAGUUAGCUGCAGCCUAUAAGGGGAAGCAGAGGACAAAGCAGUUAGAGCAGGUUGAAGCUGUGUUUCACAGGUGCUGAAAGUCGUGUCAGGUUUUAGAUAUGUCAAGUCCGGUAGCAUGGAUGGCGGGCUCCCCUUUUCUCCUCCCUCCCCGCUAGAUGUUACUUGUCCCACCUCAUUUUUGUCUUGGCGCGGGGAGCGGCUGCCCUCUUGAGUUAGUUUUUUGGCUCCCUUUCUUUCUCUUCUCUUCUCUCCUCCUCCUAUACUCCAGAUAAUCUUGUCUCAUGGGGCACUGGGGCAUCCAGUGCCCCACUUUGCCACAGAGGUGGCAGGGGUGAGUCGCCGCCGUCCUUCUCCCGGACCCCAGUGUCAUUGGUCCGGUGGCGGCGGCAGCUUCGGCGUCUAUGGCCUCUUGCAUCGGGUAUUCCGUGAAGGCUGCAGAGGCUCUUUUGGGGUGCGCUCUCUGAUCUUGUAGAGGAACCUCCCCAGCGCAUACUAUGAUCAUCUGUUCCACGGUAGGUCGGGGGUUUCGAGGGAGAGAUCAGAUGGCCCUCCUGCACGCUAUGUUGGCGUUGUAAUAGGCCAUCUGCCUUAACAUCUCCUCUCUCUCCCUCUCCCCCAGAACCUGCGCCUCCACGAAUCGGUACAGUCUUUCCAUAAACGCCAGGUAAGGUUCCUGCGCGCCCUGCCUUAUUUCCUCUUCUUCCAGUUGUGAGGUUGUGGUGGCUAGUUUACAAAAGGCACGCCCCGCAGCCUUCCCCGUUUCUAUAAGUUGUUCAGUGAACAUAGCCUUUGCCUGAGCUACCCCGCUUGCCCACUGCCCAGUGCCCACAAGAUGGUCCUCCAAAAUUACCAAGCAGUCCGUAUCAUGCGUCAUGGAGGGAUUCCCCCAAAGCAUUGGGAGAACCUCCACAACCUCCCUCCUCCAUUCUCCCGCCCAGACCCUGAAUUCCACAGGCCCUAAAAGGCUAGAGAAGAGAGCCCUCAGGUCCGCGGGCACCAGAUCUCCCUGCGCAAGGACCGGGCGAAGGAGCCCCCGGAAAUACUCAGAUUCCCGGGAAUACUCCCUCUGGGCCUUGCACAGUUCCUUGAUCCGGGCCUGGGCUAGAGGCGCCCAUUGGGCCUGAGCACUCCCCUCCCCACUGAGGCGGUAUGUAACUGGAGCGGCUUCCAAUAUAGGCACCUGUCCCGGCUUCCGGUCAUCCACCCCCCUACCCCCGGAACACAAAGCAUGGCAACCGGGAGAGCGUGGGAACUGGAAUUGGAGGAGGUAGAGGCGGGGCUUGGUUUGUGGGCUGAGCAAUGGCAGGGGCGUGGUGACUCUGUUUUCUCCGCCUCCAAGGCGGAGUUAGGAGGCAGAGCGGAAUAAAGAGGAGGGAUUUGGGAGGGGCCCAUAGGGGGUGGAACCAUGGGCGGAGCAAGGGGAAGAGCUGAGGGAGGAACCAAGGGUGGAACCAGGGGCAGAGAAACCGAGUAAUGGGACGGGUCAAGGGAGAGGAAAGGGUUGGACUUGGGAAGAAAGGGAUUCUGGGAAGAAGAAGGGGUAAGGGGGGGAAAAAUCAUAUGGCCAUAUCCAUUUUGGGCUCCCUGGGAGCCAUCUUAGGAAUUUUCAAUAAAUGAACAAUUUUGGGGACCGAAACUGGGGACUUGGGGACAGGGACAAAGGGAUCAGGAAGGGAACUCUAGAGAGCUUGGCCAGGGCUCUUUGGAGGGAGUGGCUGAGCCGGUCGCGAGGGAGCAGGGGCAGGGUGGACCCCCUGCUUCUUGGUGGCCCUAAGGAUCCCCCGAGAGGGCGGAGAGGAACGAGGGGUAGGGACAUGAGAACUGGGAGAACUGGGGAACAAACUCGAUCGAGAAGGACUUUUUCUUAAAUCCCCGGCCGGGUGUCGCGAAGUUAAUACCUUGCUAGCCCAAAAUGCCACGUUUGAUAACUGAGUUUCCCCAGAGUUAACUUCUUGAUCUAAUUUGGCCACAACGGCUGCCCAAAAACGUGGCUCUUUUGCAAUUUCCGGGGAAACUUCGGGGAAAUGAGAAAAAACCCAUUUGAUUAACAUUUUUAACUCUCUCUUGGGGGCAGCAAACCCUCCCCCAAGCAGCACACCUUUAACAACAUAAUAGACUCCUUUUUGAGUUUUGCUCAAGCCAGCACCCAUGGUACCCAUAAGGUGAGCUAGACAACCCAACUUAAAGGGAGCAAAACUCUCGGUGUUACACCACCCACCCAAGGAAAAAUGAAAACUAAAACACUGAGAUGCACGCCGCCGGCCCCUGCUCCACCCACUGUCCCCAAGUCUGGGGAAGCAGACCCCAUAGGAAAGGGAAAACAAAAAACGAUAGGGGUGAGGACUGUGCCCCAAGGAAGUGCCUAGGGAUCAGCCCUCAAAGGAGAAAGGGUAGGGAGUGGUCCCCAAAGCAGGGCAUGGACUCCUAGGGAGGAUUAAAAAGACAGGGGGGAAGCCACUAAGUCUGGGGCUUACCUGGUCCGGUGGUGGCACAAACAAAAACCUGGCCGGUGGUUCUCAUCCCAGAAGUCCUCCUCAGGUGCGGGGAGUUGUGACUUCUGAUCCCCCGGGAGCACUACCCCUAGAACAGGGUCUGCUACUACUGGGGGUAGUUCAGCGGCCAGUAGAAUUAUAAAAUCCUGUCCGCGGGGUCCAGUGGUCUGGCGUCCACUUGGCCAGUUGUCCACUCAGGGCCCCACGUUGGGUGCCAAACUGCGGCGAGGCGUACGUGGCCCAAAGGGUCAGUGUCCGGCUAGCAGAGGGUUAUGGGCUGACACCCAGCUGCAAUUCCCUGCCAGCACCCCUCGGCAUCGGAUGGCCUUGGGUGGUGCUGGCUGCGGACAGGCUCUCACUGCGGAAGUGGACGAGGAAAGGAGCUGGACACUCACUGGGGGUGAAGUCAGGUUUAUUGAAAACAAUAAAGACACCAUCCAGGGAGUGACCCCGAAAUGGGGGUGAAACAGGGUUAUAAAGUGGGAGGGUGUACAAAGGAGGGGUUUACAGGGAACCAAUGGGGAAGGGUGAAGGGAUGAACUUAACUGACAUAAAGGGGAACCCAAUAAAUACAAAGUAAAGGAGGGGCCCCAGGACCACAGCCAACCACAACCCCCAGAGGGAAGAAGAUUCUGGAAAGCUAGGAGGAGUGGGGGGUGAUUGACUGGGCCCAGGGAGGAGGAAAA